AUGGACACAAGUUCAUUAAACAAAGGUAAAAUAAUUUUUCAGCUUCUUCUAAUAAUUUUAAUUCAAUGGACAACUACUACUUGUCAAUUGAAUUUAUACCAUACUAAUGAAGCAAUUAAUAGCAAUUCGCUACAAUAUCAUUGUUUGAAUUAUCAUGUUCAUCGUGAAAAACCAGCUUAUUCUAAAUUAUUAGAUAUGGUUGAUGAAGUCAUUCCGUACUGUUUUCGCCCAGUAAACUAUUUCGAAGAAUCAUCCGAAACCUCUGUUCAUCCGCUUUCUCAAAAACUAAGUUUCGAAGAAUUACGUCUGGCUCAUACUACUUCAGAACAACUUCUCUCGUGGUCAAUUUCAAUUGAUGUAGCUCAGCGAUAUGAACUCUAUUUAAUUGAACCGAAUGCUGCAUUUAAUGAAGUUCUCUACAAUUGCACUGAACCGUGGUUUGGCCCUCGAUGCCAAUAUUCGUUUCCUUUCGGCGGCCGUAGAUCUUUCAACCAAAUUGUUGAAGAAGCUUUUCGUCAAAGGACAGCAUUUUCCGAGUCAUCUGAAGUGACAGUACAGAUGCCAUGCUAUGUUUUUCUAGAAUGCCAUCGUAAUGGGCAGAGUUGGUGUCUUGAUUGGCGUGAAGUGUGUAACGGAAUCGUUGAUUGUUUUGAUGAAGGUCUCGAUGAAGAAUAUUGUUUCGAUAUGGAAAUAAAUGAAUGUGAGAAAAAUGAAUAUCGAUGCCACAAUGGAUUAUGUAUAUCAAGCGAACUCUGGGAAGAGGGUGAAGGCGAUGCAGACUGCCUCGAUCGUUCCGAUGAAGUGUCGAAUGCCUUCUAUAUAAGAUCAUGUUUCCAAGAUCCAACAUUCCGUUGUGAAGAACAUUCUUGCAGAGCGCACAAGGGUACAUUUCCCUGUGGAGAUGGCCAAUGUGUCAACAAAUUUGAUGAAUGUUAUAAUGGACGACAUAGGUUACUGAUAGAGUCGAUGACAGCCAACGGUAAUCUAUCAGACGAAUGUUGGAUUGCUAUGAUUUGUCUUACUCGACUCGUCGAGCAAAUUCAUGGAAAUUCAUGGAAAAUAUGGCUGGUGAACGAAUCAAUCUACGAGUUCCUUAAACAAUGUGAUUCGUUUUUCCAAUUUCCAACUAUUCCAGUUCAUUCUGAUCAUAUUCGUUUCUUUUAUAAAGAGCCUUAUUUAAGACAGAAAAUGGAUGAGUUUUUUCUACCUGAUUAUCUUUGCUACAAUCAACAGUUAUGUGAUUGUAUUAAGCCUGAGUUAAUCCGUCAAAAUCUCACUUGUAUAAAUAUGUCGAAAAUAAUACCAAAACUGGAUAUUGAAAUCGGAUCUUGGAACGAACUGAUAUGGUUGAUCGAACAAGUUUUUCGUCCUUGCUUGAUUUCUCAUGGGAUCUCACCCAAUAAAACAAAAAAAUAUGCGAAUCAUUCGUUAUUAUAUAACUGUCACAACUCAUCAAAAUUUAUUUCUGUACAUCGCAUCAUGGAUGGUAUACAAGAUUGUUUCCAUGCUGAUGAUGAGACCUAUCGAAACAGUUGUCAACUUAGCCAUCAAUAUCGGGUGAGAUGUCAUAAUACAGAUACGUGCUGGUCCCCUAUAUUGAAAGAGGAUGCCUGUUCAAUGACCGGACGAGACGAUAAUAUUCCAUUUCAACGUUUUUGCAAUGGUAUCAAUCAAUCUAUUUACUAUGAUAAUUUUGGACAAGAUUAUAAUGAUGAAUUCGAGUGUAAAGAGUGGUUAUGUAACAAUAUAUAUGCACGUUGCGACGGUUUUUGGGCAUGUGCCGACGGACGAGAUGAGGACAAAUGUAGUCGAACAAAAUGUCAUUUAGGAACUCACGCCUGUGUAGAUCCUCUUAAUUUUACAGUAAUCUGCUUGCCUCACACACGUGUUAAUGAUGGAAACGAUGAUUGUCUUGGCGCAUCCGACGAACAGCACGAGUGUCAAAGGAUCUAUCCUCCGAGCGAAGUUCCUGAGCGCUUUCGCUGCUUCAGAGAUACAAAAUGCUUGGUACCAUCAGAAUUAUGCAACAACAAUAAUGAUUGUUCACUUCAUGAUGAUGAAAAAUUCUGCAAAACUCAUCAGUUCAACUGUACCAACGAUUCAACAUACAAUCGUAGUGAAAUAGAAGAGGUUCUUUGUGGACUGAGUGAACAGAAAAAUCGAAGAAGACAGUAUUUUUCUGUUCAUACAUCAUCUAACUACCCUUCGUUAGAAAAUGGUGUCGUCGAUGAAAGUUUGUAUUGGUUAACAGAACAACAUUCUAUCGGGAAUGUCAAUAUACAUCACAGUGACAUUAAUAUAUGGCUAUGGUAUUGCAAUCGUGGACUCACUGUUAAUACUUGGAUCACAAGCAAUAGCUUUGACAAAAUAUGCAUGUGUCCACCGAGUUACUAUGGUCAUUUAUGUCAAUAUCAAAAUCAACGGAUUAGCCUUACAUUACAUAUGAGUUCAGUUGAUAGGCAUGCUACUUAUGCGAUUAUUAUUAUGUUAAUCGAUGAUAAUGAUGAACAACAAGAAAUUAACGCAUACGAUCAAUUUGUAUACAUAACAAAGGAAAGUUGUAGUACUAAAUUCGAUCGAUAUUUAUUAUUCCCUACACGGCCAAAAGACUUGUCUAAGAACUACAGCAUACGUAUCGAUGCAUUCGAAAAAAACAGAAUAACGUAUGUUGGAAGUUGGCACUUUCCCAUUACAUUUCUCUUUUUACCUGUCAAUCGAGUAGCUAUUUCGUUGAUUUUAUCGAAUCAUAUUAUUCAGACUUCAUCCAAUUGCUUGAUGACUUGCAACAAUGGUACUUGCGUUAAAUACUUAAAUAAAGAAAAGUAUUUCUGUCGAUGCCACUCUCAAUGGACAGGCAUUCAAUGUAAUAUCCCAAUAAAUCGUCAAAUGUGUUCACACGAUUCAUUUUAUUUGGGAUUAGUAAACAAUCAAUCAAUAUGCGUAUGUCCAUUACAUAAGUUUGGCUCACAAUGUAUGUUUACAUCAGCAUAUCCAGCUAAUAUUUGUCAAAAUAAUGGACAAUAUAUACCGGCUGAUGUGACUACUCCUGACAGCAGUUAUACUUGUGUUUGUCCUGAUCAAUUUUUUGGUAUAAAUUGUCAAUAUGCUAAGGUGAAUCUCGAUGUUUCUCUAAUUGAUAUGCAUAUUCCAUCGUAUAUUGCGGCUUACUUCUUCACACUCUCCAAUAAGUCUGACCCGCUGCAGGCAAUUAUACUUCGAAAAUUGACCCUCUUUCAGGACACUGCUACUUUUCACAUUUCAGUACCAUUUCAUAUGGCAAUUAUUCAAUCCAGUAACAAAUAUUAUCUUGCUGUACUUCAACAAUCACUAUAUACAAAUAUCUCAACAGUAAUUCGUCCUUCACAGGAGUGUAUUCCUGCUGAGCAAUUACUGAAUUCUACAGUAAUGAAAAUGGUUCAGUAUCGACGAAUAAUAUUCUUCCAUAUUCUUUGUCAUACACAUACUGAUCUGAUGUGUUUCAUCGAUCCCGCCUAUUUGUGUUUGUGCACAAAUGAUCAUCAUGCUAAUUGUAUGGAAUUCAAACGUGAUAGAAACUUUCAAUGUUCAUUGACAAAACAUUGUGCAAAUGGAGCACAAUGUGUCCAAGAUCAUCCAAUCUGUCCAUCUACAAGAAUUUGUAUAUGUCCAGCCUGUUUCUUUGGAGAUGAAUGCCAGUUUUAUGCAAAAGCUCUUGGCUCAACAUUAGAUGAAAUAUUGGGUUACGAAUUAAAACGCAAUACAAUAUUAUCUAAACAACCAAUCACAGUAAUAGUCAGUGCUACUAUUACAAUGAUAAUAUUUCUCACAGGUAUCAUCAACUGUAUUUUAUCAAUAAUCGUUUUUGCAAGACAAACAUCGCAAAAGGUUGGUUGUGGCAUUUAUCUUCUCACUGCGUCAAUUACUUCAUUAGCAAUUAUGAUAUUAUUUACAUUGAAAUUUUGGUUGCUGUUCCUCUCUUACCAAUCGAUUUUAGAACAACGUGGUUUACAAAAUAUUCUUCUUUUAAAUUGUCGAGUUGUUGAACCACUUCUAAAAAUAAUGCUAUAUAUAGAUAAAUGGCUUCAUACUUGUGUAGCGAUUGAACGAAUUAUUUCUGUACAACAUGGAGUUAGUUUUGACAAACAGAAAAGCGUAAAAAUUGCUAAAUAUGUUAUUAUAAUGGUAAUUCUUCUCAAUUUUGCUGCUUAUGUUCCACAAAUAAUUGAACUUCAUGUUUUUACUGAUAAAACUGAAGAACGAAAUUGGUGUGUAAUUACUUAUUCAUCAAUUAUACAAAUAUAUAGUUUUACAUUAAUUAUAUUUCAUUAUGCGGCUCCUUUAAUAAUUAAUUUUAUUUCAGCUAUUACUAUUAUUAUAAUAACUACUCGUCAACGAACAGCUUGUCAAAAAAAGCUUAGCUUCAAAAAACAUCUUGUAGCUAAAAUUAAACAAUAUAAACAUCUUUUAAUUAGUCCAAUGAUUAUUAUAAUCUUAACCUUACCACAUUUAAUUAUUUCAUUUAUUUUACAAUGUAAUAAAUCAACUCAUCUUUUAUGGUUCUACCUUCUCGGUUAUUUCCUAUCAUUUAUACCAUCAACAUUUCUAUUUUUAAUAUUUGUUCUACCAUCACCAAUUUAUAAUAAAGAAUUUAAACAUGUCAUAUCAUAUAUUCGUCGACGAAUCCAUAUAAUGAGAUUAAAUGCUUCUGCAUUAUAA